AUGAGUAGUGUCAAGGAAUCCGUCAAGGAGAAGCUGGUCGGCUCCACGACUGAGCCUUACCAGCUGUCCCACCAGGCCCGCUCCAAUUUCAUGCGCCAUGCCCGGAAAGAUGAGAAUGGCGAUCUGUACAUGGGCAAGGAGGACUUUAUCGAUGCCAUUGCUCCCAAGCAAGAGGACUACCACAAAAUCAAGCGCGACCAGUAUGCCAUCCUGUUCAGCGUCGCCGACCGCCGGAGGACUGGCAAGCUCAACCUCGCCGACUGGGCCACCUUCGAGAACCUCCUGGCGAAGCCCGAUGCCGAGUACGAGAUCGCCUUCCGCCUAUUCGACCUCGAUGGGAGCGGCUCCGUGAAGUGGGAUACCGUGCAAGGUCUGUACAAUUUGAGCAAGAGCUCCGACAGCAUCCCCUUCGACUGGAAUUCCGAAUGGGCCUCGCUGUAUACCGGCCGCACCAAGUCUCGGCACGACAUGACCUACCCUCAAUUCUCCCAGAUGCUGCGCGGGCUUCAGGGUGAGCGCAUUCGGCAAGCCUUCCACAUCUUCGAUAAGGAUGGAGAUGGCUAUAUCGAGCCCGAGGACUUUCAGCGCAUCAUCCUGGAGACCUCCCAACACAAGCUGUCGGACCAUGUGUUGGAGAAUCUGCCCACGCUGUGCAACAUCUCGACCAGCAACAAGAUCUCCUAUGCCAACGUUCGUGCCUUCCAGAACGUCAUGCGCGAAAUGGACCUCAUCGACCUGAUUGUGCGUGAAGCCACCGUGAAGAGCGGUGACGGCAAGAUCACUCGCUCGGACUUUCUCAAUGAGGCCGCUCGCGCGACCCGCUUCUCUCUGUUCACCCCCAUGGAGGCCGAUAUCCUAUUUCAUUUCGCCGGUCUGGAUGCGCCGUCCGGAAGACUGUCUCUGAAUGACUUCGCCAAGGUUAUUGAUGCAUCGUGGCGCAUCCCCGUCGCCGCUGCGGGCCAGGCCGGACACGAGGUCGCGACCAAGACCAAGUCGUUCCUUCACGGCUUGCUGGAAUCGGCACACCACUUUGCCCUGGGCAGUGUGGCGGGUGCUUUCGGUGCUUUUAUGGUCUACCCGAUCGAUUUGGUUAAGACCCGGAUGCAAAACCAGCGUUCCACCCGGGUUGGCGAGCGACUGUACAACAACUCCCUUGAUUGCGCCAGGAAGGUUAUUCGGAACGAGGGUUUCACUGGGUUGUAUUCUGGAGUGAUCCCGCAGCUGAUUGGUGUAGCGCCUGAGAAAGCCAUCAAGCUGACGGUCAACGAUCUGGUUCGGGGCGCUCUUACGGACAAGGACACCAAUAGGAUCUGGUAUCCCUCGGAAAUCCUUGCCGGUGGUACUGCAGGAGCGUGUCAAGUGGUCUUCACCAACCCCCUUGAGAUUGUCAAGAUUCGUCUGCAGGUGCAGGGCGAGAUUGCAAAGAAUGUCGAGGGUGCUCCUCGCCGGUCAGCCCUGUGGAUCGUGAAGAACCUGGGUUUGAUGGGCUUGUACAAGGGAGCUAGCGCUUGUCUCCUGCGUGACGUGCCUUUCUCCGCCAUCUACUUCCCUACCUACUCGCAUCUGAAGACGGGUAUGUUCGGCGAGUCCCCCACGCACAAGCUCGGUGUUAUCCAGCUUUUGACUGCUGGUGCCAUCGCCGGUAUGCCGGCUGCCUACCUGACCACCCCGUGCGAUGUGAUCAAGACCCGUCUGCAAGUCGAGGCCCGCAAGGGCGAGACCAAAUACACCGGCCUGCGCCACUGCGCCACCACCGUGUGGAAGGAAGAAGGUAUCAAGGCCUUCUUCAAGGGCGGUCCUGCCCGUAUCAUGCGUUCCUCGCCUCAGUUCGGCUUCACUCUCGCCGCAUACGAGGUUCUGCAGAAGGCACUGCCCCUGCCGGGCGCCGAGGAAGACCUGACCCCCAGCGGAAACCUCGAGCCUGGUGUCGGCAUGCAGCAGGCCAAGGCUCCUCUACCUUACCUACGGUCUCGGAACGCGCUCAAGCUCAUCCUCGAUCUGGAACCAAACCUUGGCCGAGUGCAGGUCCCUCGCGUUGAGAACUGGCCCAAGUUCCUGCAGAGCAGUUCCAAACAGUGA